CGGCAGCACGAGUGUGUGGAGAAGCUUAAUAUGCAUGCCAUCCUGAGCGCUUCUGCAGGCCAGGAGCAGCUUCUCACUGAGCUGCUGGUCACCUACGCCAAGGUUCCUGUUCUCAUUGGUGAGCUGAUCUCUGUGGAGAUCUGGAAGCACAAGAUCUUUCCUGUGCUGUGCCGGCUGGAGGACUUCAAGCCAAGAAGCACCUUCCCCAUCUACGUGGUGCUGCAUCAUGAAGCCUCCAUCAUUAACCUCUUGGAGACUGUGUUUUUUUACAAGGAAAUCUGCGACUCAGCAGAGGACAGCAUUCUGGAUUUAAUUGAUUAUUGCCACCGGAAACUGACCCUGCUCGCAGCUCGGAGCGCCAAUGGACAGACAGUGACCCCAACAGAGCUUCGUUCUGAGGAUCUGGCCAGCCCCUCAUCCAUGCAGGAGCUGCAGAAGCAGGCGGAGACUAUGGAGUUUGAGAUUUCCCUGAAAGCCUUGUCUGUGCUGCGGUUCAUCACCGAUCAGGUAGAGAGUCUGCCCCUGAGCGCGCUGACACGGAUGCUGAACACCCACAACCUGCCCUGCCUCCUAGUCGAGCUGGUGGAGCAUUGCCCCUGGAGCUGCUGGGAAGCAGGCAAGCUCAAGAAGUUUGAGAAUGGCACGUGGCACGUGGUGCCCCCUGAAGACCAGGUGAAAAUGACCAAACUUGACGGGCAGGUGUGGCUUGCCCUCCUCAACCUCCUGCUCAGCCCCGAAUGCCAGCGCAAAUACCAUUUUGAUGGCUUCAACAAGAGCCAGCUCCUCAAGCUCCGUGCAUUCCUGAAAGACAUCCUCGUUGACCAGCUGCCCAACCUGGUGGAGUUGCAGAGAUUUUUGAGCCACCUUGCAGUGACAGAGCCAGCUCCCCCCAAAAAGGAUCUCGUCCUGGAGCAGAUUCCUGUCAUCUGGGACCACAUCCUCAAGAAAAAUGCAGGGAAGUGGGAGGCCAUCGCCAAGCACCAGGUGAAGCGCGUCUUCAGCCCCACCGAGGAGGAGCUGAAGCUCCAGGCACGCAGGUGGGCACAGACCUACAGCCUGGACAUGAUAGAGGCUCUGGCCCCUGACAAGCCCCGCUGCGGGGUGUGCGGCGUGGAGGCAGCCAAGAGGUGCUCUCGCUGCCGGAAUGAGUGGUACUGCACACGGGAGUGCCAGGUCCAGCACUGGCAGAAGCACAAGGUCGCCUGCAACCUGAUGGCUGGGGAGCCGAGGAGAGUGGACAACCCAUAA